GAUCUCAAAUUUGUGACAAUCGAAUUCAUUUUUCUUCAUUUUAUCAACGAAAAAUAAAAUUGUCAACACUUCAAUCAUCGUUGCACUUGUCAUUUGAACAUGGAUCGUGAUAGCAAUAGUCAUUCCAUUUCUAGUACAAUCAAAAAUUUUUCAUUAAACAUGUUGUUAUCGUUGCUCAAAAAGAUUGAUGGCUCCAAAGACAUUGUAUUGGGCGGUCUCAUUGUAUCCAUUAUUGAUCUGAUUUGUAGCUAUACAUCGAUGAAGGAAGUUGGUGUUGAAAAAAUAUACAAAAUUAAUAAUAUACCAACGGCAACAAAUAAAAAAUUAUGUUUCAUCAUACAAUCGAAUAUUAAUGAUGUAAAACAAGUUUGUAAUUGGCUCAACGUUUUCCAUAGUAAAGAUAUUCAAGAUAUACAAUAUUGGAUAAUUUUUGUACCGAAAAAAACUUUUGAUUGUGAAAAAUAUCUGGAAAAAGAAGGUCUUUAUAGUUGUUUCAAUAUUUGGGAAUAUCCACUUGGAUUCAUACCAUUCGAUAAUGAUUUAUUUUCAUUGGAACAAAAAGAUCUUUAUCAUGAUUAUCUUUUGUUGGGUGAUCAUCAAUUUUUGAACAACGUUGUUCAAGCUAUGCAUCAUUUUCAAAGAUUAUUUGGCCAUAUGAAUUUGGUCAUAACUAAAGGUCGUGCUUCUGAAUUCAUUUGUAAUAAUCUACAAAAAUUGAAUGCUUUUUCCGGCGUAAUUGAUGAUUCAUCUAGAGAUUGUCUUAUAGAUUUAUUUGUUUUUGAUCGUGAAGAAGAUUAUGUCGCAUUACUAUUAUCACAAUUAAAUUAUUCCGGAAUCAUUGAUGAAACAUUUUCGAUUAAUUGUGGGAAAAUUCCAUUCAAUCCUGAUGAUUGUUGUAAUCAAAAACAGGAUGUUAAUUCAAUCAAACAUAAUCUAUUGAAAAAUGAUCAAAUAUUUGCCGAUGUACAGGAUAAAUUUUUUUCAUCUGUUUGUUCUACAUUGAAAGAAAAAGGACAAAAAUUACGACAAAAAUCCUAUGAACGACAGACAAUGAAUUUAAGUGAAAUGAAAAAUUUUCUUACUAAAGAAAUUAGUAAUCUACAAUCUGAACAUAAACUACUAUUUUCUCAUUUAACAAUUUGUGAAUCCAUUAUGGAGAAAAAGAAAUUGACAAAAUUCUCGGAUCAAUUACGUAUCGAACAGAACAUGAUUGAAGGAAUUGAAUCAAGAACGGCAAUGAAUUUUAUUGAAGAUGGUAUUAUUAAACUAUUGCCGGAAACACAAAUGCUUCGGCUAAUAUGUUUGUAUUCGAUUUGUUAUUCCGGUAUUUCGAAUAAAGAAUUAAAUAAUCUAAUUCGAUUAUACACACAAAGUUAUGGCCAUCAUCAUAUAACUACAUUUUAUUAUUUGAAAAAGAUUGGAAUCCUUUAUGAAAGUACUAAUCAAUUCAAUCUGAUUGCAUCCAGUACGGCACAAAAAUUGGCUGCCACAACAUUACCAUUGGUCAGUUCAUCAACAUCGGAAACGAUUAAAAAAUUUCGUCAUAUUGUAAAAAAAUCCAAUCUAAUACCAUUACUUGAAACUGAACAUUAUAAUCCACGUGUUCCAACCGAUUGUGGCUAUGUAUAUGGUGGUUCAUAUUGUCCAUAUAUUUGUAAAUUGAUGCAAAAUUUUUUCGAUACAAAAAAUCUUUCACAAAUAGAAGAAUGGUGUAAACAAAAUCAUUGUAAAUUGCAACCAAAUUUAUUACCAAAUCAACAUGUUGGUCGUGAUUGGCAAUCGAAAGCGAAACGAAUACAAAUGAUAUUAUUUGCCGGCGGUAUAACGUAUGCUGAAAUAUCGUCAUUACGUUUUUUAUCAAAACAAAUAUCAAUACCGAUUAUUAUUAUGGCUAGUUCAAUAAUCAAUGGCAAUACAUUUUUACGAUUAUUUUCUGAUAAAUUGUUUUACUAAUUGAUUGAUUGAUUGAUAUUU